UUAAAAUGUUGUUAAAAAUAGUUUGUAACUUUCGAUAUUAUGAUGUUCCGGGCACAUAGAACGAUUUUAAUGUUGUUUAUAGCUUUAAUUAUUAUAUUUACACUAACAAGUUUAUGUUUUAUAAAGAUAUUGAACCGCAGAGAAGAGGCCGACGCUUUUAAAAUUAAAGUGCACGAUUAUAUUUUAAGUGAAUUGCCCUUUGUGCAAGACAAAUUUAGGCAGAGGCACAAUUUUAACGAUACCUUAUGGGAUAGUUUUCUUAAAAAUACCAAAACUCUCACGCCAAACUUAAAACCAGAACAUGUAUGGAAUAAGGUUAGAUCAUGGGUGUCCAAAACUCAACUGUACGAUCCCGAAAGUCCAGACUUGGGUAACGCUUUGGGCUUGCUGAGAUCUGCUAAGAUCCUUAAGGCCGACGUCGAUUCCAGGGGAACGCAAUUGAAAUUGCUGUUAACUUUGGAGGGCGGCCAACAAGCCGUGUUUAAGCCGAAGUGGUACCCCAUCGAUAAAGUCAUCGACGGGCACGUAUACGCGGGGAAAGAUAGGUACGGCUCGGAAAUUUUAGCUCUGUAUUUAUCGGCAAUUUUGCAUAAACCACUUACGCCGCUCGUGACCGAACGUAAUAUUUCUCUAGGCCGAGAAAUUGUCCCUGUUGCAACGAAGAGAUUACUGUCGACAAUUUUCAGUUAUAAGUCGCUUUUAUGUGUUUACGGGAAAUGUUUUUAUUGUAAACGAGAGGAUCCCGUCUGCGAAGAUGGGAGUAAUCUGCUUUCGGGCGCAAUCUUGGUGAAUGUCAAUGUGACAUUUGUAAACAAUCGAUCACCGUGGCAACGGACGUACAAAAAGGGAAAAUUGGCACUUUGGGAAACUCUGGAUGAUUAUUGUCAAUUGGUUAAGCCGAAGAUAUCGACUCACAGACUGUUGGACUUGGUGGAUGUGUCCAUUUUUGAUUUUUUACUUCAAAAUGGAGAUCGUCACCAUUAUGAAACGUUAGAUGGUAAUGUUGUCUUAUUAGAUAAUGGUAAAGGCUUGGGAAAUCCUUACACUCAUCAUUUGGAUAUUUUAGCCCCUUUGUAUCAGUGUUGCAUUUUCAGAUUAAGAAAUGCAACAUGGUCAAGGUUGCAACAACUUGGGGGUGGUAUGUUGAAAAGGCAUCUAGAAUCUGUCCCUAACAUAUCGAAUUUUGUCACUAAGGAACACAUAAAUGCUAUAGAACAUAGACUGAAUAUUAUUUAUGCAGCUGUUGAAUUUUGCAGGAAGAAUAGAGGAAUGCCAUAAGGUAUUAUUUUUACAAAUAUUAAUUUAUUACGAAUAAAAGUAUAUUUGAUAAUAA